GCAGCGCCGGGAGGCGGCGGGCACGGCCGGGCGCUCCGUCCGCUGUCGCUGCUGCCGCCGCUCCGCCACCGGCACCGGCGGCUGUGCGAGCGGGGCCGGGAGCGGCGCCGGGGGAGCAGGACCGGGCAUGCACAGCGCCCGCCCAGACGAGCUCGGCGCCGAGCGGUGGUGCCGGCGGGACGCGGGCCCGACGCUGCGGGCGCACAUGCACGGCACGCGGCAGACAGCGCAGCAGCCCGGCAGGGCGGCGGGGCCGGCUCCCCGUGCCCCGCGCCCCGCCUCGGCGGCGGACUCGGCCUGCAGCCUGGACCCCGGUGGCGAGGAGGAGGAGGGGGGGAGCCCGGCCGCCCGCUCCCCCCCGGCCAGCGAGCGCAGCCUGGAGUUCGACUCGGGGUACUCGGAGGCGUCGGGCGGCACGUGGAGGGAAGAGGAGGCGCCCGUGCGGCGCCGGCACCUGCUGCCCUGCCAACGGGCACACCGGCUCUCGGCCGGCCCCGCCGCCCCGCCGCCCGCCCCCGCCCGCCGUGUCCGCCCCAAAUCCACCUCGGACGCCUGCCUGGAGCAGUGGCGGGCCCUGGAGCCCGCCGACACGCAGGACUGGACCGUAGCGCUGCUGUCGCAGAGCCGGAACCGGCAGCCGCUGGUGCUGGGCGACAACUGCUUCGCUGACCUGGUGGAGAACUGGAUGGACCUGCCCGAGGUGGGCGCCGAGCCGCGUCGCCGGGCCGCCGCCGAGCCCUCCCGCCGGCUGGCCAAGCCCCCCGCCUUCCUGCUCAGCCUCUCGGGCAACGUGCGCCGCAAGCUGGCCAGCAUGGCCCGGCCCCGGGGCGCCGAGGGCGCCCGGCCCGCCGGCCGCGAUGCCACCAAGCGUUUCUCCUGCCCGCUGGGGCUGGGGGGACAGCCCAAGGGCGCCUGCUUCCACCAGUCCCACAGCAACAUCGCCCAGCUGGCCACGGACUUCCACCGCUUCACGGCCCUGAUGAACAGCCGCAGCCGCCAGCCCAUCAUCUGCAACGACGUUAUCGGCUACAUUUAGCCCCGCUGCUGCGGCCCGCACCCCCACCCUGUAAAUAAACCCCCGUUUUAUACGGUCUGGGCGCCGCAGCGUUUAUCAAAGGGAGUGCCUGUGCCCGGCUCCAGGCAGGGGCAAGCAGGGGGUUUUUGCAAGGAGGGCCAUUGCAGCCUGCAGCUUUUAUUGCAUUGGGCAGGAGGUGCUGGCCCCUUGCUCAAGGUAGGGAGCACAAGAGAGGGGGACGGGUAUCU